AUGAACAAAUUGCUAAUAGCAUUUGGCUUAAUUAUUCUUACUGUGACACUGCCAUGUAUGUCACAAUCAGAUGACGAAUUCGACGACGAAUCCUCAGGUGCUGAUGAGGGAGGAGAUGGUAGUGAAGGAGGAGAUGAGUAUGUCACCAAGGGGGAAUUUGUUGAAACUGAUGGCAAAAAGAAAGAAUGCACUUCUCACGAAGCGUGCUACGACCAGCGUGAACCGCAAGCUUGGUGCAGAUUGGACGAGAAUCAGUCGUGGACAGACAAAGGUUGCUUCUGUGAUGAUAAAUUGCAUUCAUGCGUUAUCGAAAGAAAGAACAGUGGCAAGUUGGAAUAUUCGUAUUGUGCGCCUCAAGAAAGUUGGCAAUGCUCGUAA